GAAGUCCGAUCUCCAUGUUUUAAACGCCGUCGUUGCGACUCACUGCUUCACCCGUGUUGGUAACAGGAAGGAGCAAGAAAAAAAACCUAGCAAGAGAAAAAGAGGGAGUUAGGGUUUUUAUUUUCGCACCAGAAUUUGGUGGAUUCGUGUUUUGAAGCUUAGAGCGAAGUGGAGCUGAAAAAAUGGUGGGCAAUUCGCUGGCGGGGCUGCAAGAUCACGUGAAGUUGGCUCGAGAAUAUGCCGUCGAGGGUCUUUACGAUACCUCUGUUAUCUUCUUCGAUGGGGCCGUUGCUCAGAUCAAUAAGCACCUAAGCACUCUUGAUGACCCAUUGAUUCGUGCAAAAUGGAUGAAUGUUAAGAAAGCUCUGUCAGAGGAGAUAGAUGUUGUAAAGCAACUGGAUGCAGAGAGAAGAGCAUUUAAAGAAGCUCCUAAUGGCAGGCGUCCUUCUUCACCACCAAUUAAUGCUAAAUCAUCAUUUGUGUUUCAACCAUUAGAUGAGUACCCAACUUCAUCAGGUGCUCCAAUGGAUGAUCCUGAUGUUUGGCGGCCUCCAAGUCGAGACACUACAAGUAGGAGACCUGUAAGGGCUGGCCAAGUGGGUACAAGGAAAUCAACCCAAGAUGGAGCUUGGGCCCGUGGUUCUACAAGGACAAAUGCAACUGGCCGUGGUGCAAAGGCUGGUGGUUCAGGUAGAACAAACACAGGGGUCCGAGCAUCUACCUCUGCGAAGAAAGGCACUGGUUCUGGAAAGUCCAGCAAAGGAGAUUCUGCAAAUGGUGAUGCUGAAGAUGGAAAGUCAAAGAGGGGACAGUAUGAGGGACCUGACCCAGACUUGGCUGAAAUGCUUGAAAGAGAUGUCUUGGAAACCAGUCCUGGAGUGCGGUGGGAUGAUGUUGCAGGUUUAAAUGAAGCGAAAAGACUCUUAGAGGAAGCUGUUGUUCUUCCUCUAUGGAUGCCUGAAUACUUCCAGGGAAUUAGAAGACCAUGGAAAGGGGUUCUUAUGUUUGGCCCUCCUGGUACUGGCAAAACUCUUCUGGCUAAAGCUGUUGCCACUGAGUGUGGUACAACAUUUUUCAAUGUUUCAUCUGCUACAUUAGCCUCUAAGUGGCGUGGAGAGAGUGAGCGCAUGGUUCGGUGCUUGUUUGAUCUUGCAAGAGCUUAUGCACCAAGUACAAUUUUUAUUGAUGAAAUUGAUUCUCUUUGCAAUGCCCGUGGGGCAUCAGGGGAACAUGAAUCAUCUAGAAGGGUGAAGUCUGAACUUCUUGUUCAGGUAGAUGGUGUGAAUAAUACUGCCACAAAUGAAGAUGGUAGCCGUAAAAUAGUGAUGGUACUGGCAGCAACUAACUUCCCAUGGGACAUAGACGAGGCUCUCAGGAGGCGACUGGAAAAGCGUAUAUAUAUUCCUCUCCCCAAUUUUGAGAGUCGUAAGGAGCUUAUUAGGAUCAAUUUGAAGACAGUUGAGGUUGCACCUGAUGUUGAUAUUGAUGAAGUGGCUCGUCGAACAGAAGGGUAUAGUGGUGAUGAUCUCACAAAUGUUUGCCGGGAUGCUUCCUUGAAUGGUAUGAGGCGAAAAAUUGCUGGAAAGACGCGUGAUGAGAUUAAGAACAUGUCCAAGGAUGAGAUUUCAAAGGACCCUGUCGCAAUGUGUGACUUUGAAGAAGCCUUGGUAAAGGUCCAGCGAAGUGUAUCUCAAGCCGAUAUUGAAAAGCACGAGAAGUGGUUUGCAGAAUUUGGAUCAGCAUAAGCAAAAGAGAAAGCUUUCUUAAAGAGAAUACACGGUUUGCUUUUGGAUAUGUUUGUUCUGUUGGGUGUCCAUUGUUAUUUCUCCUCUUGAAAGUGGCUGAUUUUAUCAUCUUACUGUUGCAGAGUUAUGCGUUAUUAUGUUAUUUUGUUUGUGUGUAACUUGUAUCCUGGCCUGAAACAUUGUUAAUUCCAUCAAUUUUAAAUUUCAAGGAGAAAUGUCCAUUAUCCAAUGGUGUCUCAGUUCCUCCUUUAAUUUCCACUACCUCUAGUUUGUGUUUUCACACAACUUCAGCAAAUGAUUUUAUACGACAAUUGAAUUUUAUU